GAACGCUGGGCCGUGAGAAGAGGAGCCGAGCGCAGGGCAUCCUCACCGAGCCGCAAAGGUCACAGCGUAGCCGGGGAAACCGGCUCCGACAACGCAGUCGAUCACGAGCGGGCGCCGCUCGGAACAUGAUCCUCCCGGCGCCGCUCCUGCUGCUGCUGCUCGGCCACGUCCGCGACGAGGGGUCCCCGGGGGGGCCGCGGCGUCCGUGGCGCUGCCCGCGCCGCUGCGUGUGCGCCGGCGACAUCCUCGACUGCGGCGGCCGGAGCCUGUCGGACGACGAGGCGCCGGCCCGCGUGCCCGACCGCUUCCACGCGCUCGACCUGAGCGGCAACGCGCUGACGCUCUUCCCGUCGUUCCUGUUCGCCGCGGGCGACGGCGCGGCGCUGGCGAGGGCGGCGCGCGUGGCGCUGGCGCGGAACCGCAUCUCGGCGCUGGUUCCGGGGCUGCUGGGCCGGGCGGUGCCGCGCACCGAGCGGCUCGACCUCUCGCUCAACGCGCUGCGCGAGAUUCCCCGCGACGCGUUCGCCGGGCUGGCGCGCCUGAGCUCGCUGGAGCUGCAGGGCAACGAGAUCGCCCGGCUGCUCCGCGGCGCCUUCGGGGGCCUCCCGGCCCUGCGCCGCCUCUACCUGGGCGCCAACCGCCUGCGCUCGCUGCCCGUGCUGCCCGUGCUGCGCGCGGCGCCCUCGCUGGCGCUGCUCGACCUCAGCUCUAACCGCGCCCGCGCCUUCCCGUCGGCGCCGCCGUCCGCGCGGCUCCGCGCCGCCGCCGUGUUCCUGCACGGGAACCCCUUCGCGUGCGGGUGCCGGCUCGCUCGAGCGCUGGCGGCGCUGCGCGGCGCCGCCUACCGGCCGGUGCUCGAGCACUGGCCGGACUUCCGCUGCCUCGACGGGUCGGUCGACGGCGACGGUAGGAUGAGGGACGUGGCGGAGUUUCUGCCCGACGACGGCGCCGCCGGGCCCGGGUGGAAAUCGCCGUGCGCCGGGCGGCACGGGCCGCUCGCCCGGCCGUCGCUCCGCCACGCGGCGCGCGUCGGCGCCAAUGUCUCCCUCAGCUGCCCAGCGACGGUGGCGCUCCCGGCGGGUGGCCGAGAACCGGCGAGCGUCGAGUGGGUGACUCCGGACAACGAGACCGUGGGCGGCACUUCGCUCGUCCUGGGGAGCGUCGGCGGCCGGGAGACGGCGACCGCCGGGAGGCGCGUGGCGGUGGUGGCGACGGCGCACGGCCACGGCACCGGCCGGUUGCUGAUCAUUGGCGCGGACGACAACAACGACGAGCACGAGGACGACGAGAACGAGCCGGCAGAGCCCGAGGUCGCCGAAGCUUCCGCCUCGUUCUCCACGCUCGUCACCAUGCUCGCCGUGUGCGCCGCCAGCCUCCUGCUGGUGCUGGCGUACGUCUUCCUCACGCCCUGCCCGUGCCGCCACCGCCGCCGCUGCUGCCCGUGCCGCCGCGGGCGCUACGGCGGGGCCUUCGACUUCAUCCCGGAGGCCGUCGCUCCGUUCCCGCCGGAGCCGAGCGCGGGGCUCCGCGCCGGAGCGCCGGCGGUGCGGCACGUGGCCUUCCUGGAGCCGUCACCUGGUGCCGCCGGUUACUAG